CAGGCAUCCUGACCUGAAUCACUUGUUUGUAUUGUUUUUCGCAGAGCUUUUUCGCGCUGAUACAAAGUGAAAGAGAACGAGAAAGAAGGAUAAAAGGAACUACACCAAUGACAACCGCUAGUACAUCAACCAUGAUGAUUUGUAGUUUUCCCUCGGUUGCGGUUUCAUCCCUAGAAGAAGCAUCUUCAAUAAAAACGCGACAACGACAGUACUCUUAAGUGACUUUACCUUUUUCUAUAGAUACCCUAUCCCUAAGAAUUCGAAAAUCAUGCCGGGCUCCUCCUCGAGCAACAAGAAGAGCGGCAAGACCCAGUGCUGGCGGGAUAUUUGCUCCAUAGUAAACCAGUCCCGCGACCUGGACCGGCUCCUUACCGAGGAAGAAAAGGCAUACUCCGUUGCGCCCUGGGUGAUGCAACUGCCCCCGCCGGAGGACGAAGGUGUGAACGUGUUAAACUCGCAUCACUGGAGUCCGCGCUGCUUGUGCUGCCGCAAACCGAACGGGUGGCAGGUGGACAGCGGCGUCGCCUAUUGAGAGGAAAAACCCCCCCCUCCCCACAUUGAAAAGGUAUGUCUCCGGAAAUUUGUAUUGCUGAUUUGAGGUCACAAAUCACAUUUGUCUUGCAAGAAGACAAGGGCAAAAGCUUCCGCCAGACUAUGGAGGCGAUUUGUCAUGCCGUUGGGCCUAAAGGGGGGCCGUUUGCCAUGCUGAGCAACUAGACCCAUACACCCCCACCUAGCCUGGGGAUCUGGCCGCAAUGCCUUUCUGCAACACAAAUCUGAUUUGUGUAUCCAAAUCCAGCAUCAGAAAUUUCGUUUCGAUAUGGGGAAGGGGGAUUUUGCCGUUUGAUAUCGCCCUGCGGAAGGUCUUCCGGUACUGGGACACGAGUCACGCGCGGGCGAAUGUAUCAAAUGUAAAAAUGUCUGGGUCUGGAAGGAUACAACUUGUGAUGCUACUUUUGGAAUCUACAUAGAAACUGUAUUGCAUGAACAGCAAAAGAGGUGUAAUUUGUGCUACGCGGAUAGGGCAUUUCUCAUGCAGUAUGAGCAUCAGAAAGCCCUCGCAAAAUCUCUGAUGCUAGGGCAUGCAUCACAGACCUCAUGGGUCAUGCAAAAUCUGCAUGACAGACUCCUGCAUUCUUCCAGAUCCAGACCCAGACACUUUUGCAAUCCAUAGAAUGGGAAGAGGAACAAGUGUAAGAAGCGGCACCUGGUGGAUUGCGUCGACGCGCUGGACCAGAUCAUUGAGACGCGAAACGUCGUCGCCCGGACGGCCCUGCCCAUGGAUGAAGAGAGACAGCUACCCCUGGCCCACCCAGACGACCACAACUUGCAUCCCUUCUUCGGCGAAACGAUCGCGGACGACGCGGAAAAGGUGGCCGCGUUCCUGGACAUGUCGGAGGAGCUGUCCUUGCUCACGACCCGAUCCUACAACCGCAUCCGACGGGACUACGCGAAGAGGGCGGAGGACAAGAAAAACGGGGUGGCCAUUGAAGAGGCGGAUGGGUACGGGUUGGACAGCGCGGAAAAGCGGGAGGAGGAAAAACGGCAUGUCAAAUGCUUGAUGCGCUUAAGAGACUGGGCACCUCCGCAAAUGGGAACCAACGAGGACAGGGACGAGAGUGCUGAGGACCUCAGUUCGUUCGGGGUGGGUGGAGUAGGAGGUAUUAUAGACGGUUCUUCCCCUAUAAUCACGUCCACGUCCACCUUGGUGCGUCGACAUCAAGUGCGCUAUCCCGAUCGCGAUUACAGAGAAGAUAGUCGAACUCGUCAGAUAGUAACUGGUAAACAGCUCCCGCUCUUGGGCGUAGAAUUAGUGUUGUCACUUUCUAAUUUAUUCUUGAUGCGAAUACUUUAAUUAAAUAAGUACAGAUGGAGCAAUUGAGUUUGACAUUUGCAGAAGACAUGGCGUGGCCGCACUGACAUCAGCAGCACAACUAUCUUUGUAUUAACACAAACUAACAACUCAAAAAACCAGGUCGCGCGGCCACCGCUUCCUCCUCAAGCCGCGUGAAAAACCGUCAACCCGGUGGCAUCCUGAAAAACGCGGGGUCGCCCCAAAGAUUGCCGAUGGGGUUUGCGUAUCAAAUGCAAAAAUGUUGUCUGGGUCUGGAAGAUUUUGAGAUUUGUCAUGCUUGUCUGGCAUGACCAAAAAGUUUGUGAUGCGUGUGCAAGAAGAGCCCCUUUUGCCUGUCAUGCAAAAACGCAGUUUGUCAUGCGAAAAACGCAACACAAAGAAGCGCAGAUACUUGUUCUCAUGCUUGCCUGUGCAUCACAGAGCAUUCACUAUUCCCAACGCAGCAUUACAAGUAUCCAGACCCAGACAUUUUUACACUUGAUAUUGCGAAUGACGGGUACAAGACGAAGCGAUUUGUUUCGGAUGCGGACGAGAUCGAGUCAGAGCUGGAAACGAGUAGGGAGCAAGACGAGGUUGGAAACGGAAGCAACAACCUUGUGGUAGAGGAGCAAAGUCACUACGACAAUCGCGCCGAGGAAAGCGAAAGCAACGUCCAGUAUGCGCAGGGACCCUUUGAUGUCAACCCAGGCUCAUCGACCAAUCGAAAGAACCAGCAGCGCACUAGAAGAAAUCGCAAGGGCAGCAGUCAUAUUGCAAAUAACCCGUUUCACGCCGACCAAAGUGAUGAAGAUGACCGCUCCUAUUCCCGAUCUCGAUCCCGCUCGCGGGACCGCGCGGGCGGGGCAGCAGCAGCGUCGAGUCGUGGCGGUGCUGUGUACUAUCACAGUGGUGCGCCUGCUGCUCCGAAGAGAAGGGCAUACACAAACAACCACAACAAUCCCUUUGCUCAAUUCUAAAGACGGAGUUUGUGGUGCGGUGAGUGUUGUAUUAAAGCCCAUACCGAAAAAUAUUCACAUAGCACUCGAAUCUACACCAGCGGAAAAUGAAUAAAGCAUAAUUGAUUUUGCGUUCCAAAACGACAGUUGUGAACUACAACUCAUUCCACAUUCUACGCAGCGACCAAAAAUGUGAUAGGCAAGAAAUGAUGAAAAGAGUUUUCUCUGCAGUGAU